AGCGCACGCGGAGGGGCGUGUAAGCGAACGCGCGCUUGCGUCUCCAGUAAGGUAGGAGCGCGCGAUGCCGGAAGGAACCGGGAGGCGGGGCUGAAACUUGCCCCGCCCAGGAGCUGGAAGAGCGUGUUGAGAGGCUACAGUACUAUACUAUCCGAUUGCCUUCGCUGUCUCCAGAGGCGGGCCGGAUUUAACGCGGCGGCCCCUUUAAGCUGGCCCGGGCGCCAGAAAAAAAAAGGUUGUCCCGCGCCUGCGCAACGGAGCCUUGACCUCGCGCUCAGUUGGCGCUGCUCGUGACUACUUCUUGUUGUUAUUUUUUUUUUUAAAAAAAGGUGGUAGUUGGUGGGUGGGGGAGGGGGAAGCGCAACGUUUCGCGUUCGAUUCUCCUCAUUUAACCGGCAGCGGCGCCCCCGUCGCCAUAGCGACCUGUCCCUAGCCGAGUCGGGCCCGGCCUGGGAGGGAGCCCCAGCGGCCGAGGCCAUGGAGGAACCGGGAGCGGCCGCCUCGUCCUCCUCCUCCUCCUCAGGAGGGGACGCCGCCGCCGCCGCGUCCGAAGUGACGGAGAUCCGCGUCUCCGGCCCGCAGCCGCUGCGGCUCUUGGAAUGGAAAGUGUCGGCCGGGGCGGCCGUGAAGAUCGGCUCGGUGCUGGCGGUUUGCGCGCCUAUCGUGGGCUCGGCCCGGCCUGGAGCCUCGGCCGCAGAGACCGGCCCGCAGCGGACAGCCGAGCGAAAGGUCAAAGCGGAGCGGCCGGGAGUGGUGCGGGAGCUGUGCGCGCAGCGCGGGCAAGUCAUCCCGCCCGGAGGUGUCCUGGUGCGGCUGGAAGGAUGCAGCCAUCCAGUUGUUAUGAAAGGCUUAUGUGCAGAGUGUGGCCAGGAUUUGACACAGUUACGAAGCAAGAAUGGAACACAGAAUAUGCCAGUAUCCACAGCAACUGUAUCAAUGGUUCAUAGUGUACCAGAAUUGAUGGUUAGCUCUGAACAAGCUGAGCAGUUGGGAAGAGAAGACCAGGAGAGGCUACGCAGAAAUCGAAAACUGGUGCUAAUGGUAGAUUUGGACCAGACAUUGAUCCAUACAACAGAACAGCACUGCCAACAGAUGUCUAACCGAGGAAUAUUCCAUUUUCAGUUAGGUCGAGGGGAGCCUAUGCUACAUACUCGGUUGCGUCCUCAUUGCAGAGAGUUCCUAGAAAAGAUUGCCAAGUUGUAUGAACUACAUGUGUUUACCUUUGGAAGCAGACUUUAUGCACAUACAAUUGCAGCAUUCUUGGACUCCGAAAAGAAGCUUUUUUCCCAUCGAAUAUUGUCAAGGGAUGAAUGUAUUGAUCCAUAUUCUAAAACUGGGAACCUUAGAAACUUAUUUCCUUGCGGUGAUUCCAUGGUUUGUAUUAUUGAUGACAGAGAGGAUGUCUGGAAAUAUGCACCUAAUUUGAUAACUGUGAAGAAAUACGUAUACUUUCAGGGCAUAGGCGAUAUUAAUGCACCGCCUGGAUCAAGGGAAGUUCAAAUGAGAAAAACAGCAAAUCAUUCUUCAAAAGUAACGGAGGCAUCGGACCCAGCAACAGCAGCGGGAGACUCUGAAGAAGCAAAGAAUGUUGGAAAUGUAGACGAACAAAGCAAUGGCAUUCAAAAAUCUGCAAAUGAAGUAAAUGGCAAUAACUCUGUCGGCAGUGAGACUCCAUCCUGGAAUUUGAAUUGCAAUGAUAAAGUUAGAGACUCCUUAAGUGAUUCUAAACAUGGAGUGGAUGUUACUAAUGAUGUGAUGAGUGCCAAGGAAUCUCAUGUGUCUUCAGACGAUGAUAAUAGGACAGUUGUAGGCAAACAGCAGAUUCAAAACAAGAGUACAAAUUAUUUGGACUUUGAAUUGUCGAGUGAUAGUGAAAGUGACAGUGGGUUGGAUGCUAGGAAAUCUUCCUCCUCUUCUGCUACAGAUAGUGAAAAUGAAGGAAAGAGAAGCUGGAGGAAAUCAAAACAGCCUGCACUAGAGGAAAGUGCAGUGCCUCUGGUGGGAACUGAUACGAAUGUAGAAAAGGACGGACAGCUGAACCAUUCUGCUGACUCUGUAUCCUCACCUAGCAUCAAUCCACAUCCCAAGGCAUUCGAUCUGGAAGCACAUGAAGAGAGUGAACAAGACAGCCUUUGUAGCCUAGGAAAUGGUUGCGUGGACAAGAAAGAGGCAGAGACAGAAUCUCAAAAUAGUGAGCAAUCUGGGAUAACUGUGGGAGAAUCUUUAGAUCAAAGCAUGGAGGAAGAGGAAGAUGACGAUACAGACAGUGAUGACCAUUUAAUAUAUCUCGAAGAGAUUCUUGUUCGGGUGCACACGGACUAUUACUCAAAGUAUGAUAAAUAUGUGAGAAAAGAAACAGAUGAAAUUCCAGAUAUAAGAAAAAUAGUGCCAGAACUGAAACGAAAAGUGUUGUCAGAUGUUACCAUAUUAUUUAGUGGGUUAUACCCAACCAAUUAUCCCAUAGAAAAAACACGGGAGCAUUAUCAUGCUACUGCACUUGGAGCUAAGAUUGCAAAAAACUUAGUAUUGAAUGAAGAUGACCCCAAUAAGCCAACACACCUUAUUGCAGCAAGAGCUGGCACAGAAAAAGUACGGCAAGCUGAGAACUAUAAAAAUCUCCAUAUUGUAAAUCCAGACUGGUUAUGGAGCUGCUUGGAGCGUUGGGACAAAGUAGAAGAACAACUGUUUCCUUUGAAGGAUGAUUACCUUAAAACACAAAGAGAGUACAGUCCUGCCAUGUUUCCCGAUAUACACAGUGCUUUCCAGACUGCUCUUUUCCACCCAACUCCCAUUCAUCCCAAGUGUCAGCCUGGUCCUGAAGUUCGGCUUUAUGAUCCCAACACCGGAAAAUUAAUUAGGAAAGGAUCUCAAAGCUCCAGCCAGUCUUUGUAUAUUCAAGCACCAGCUCCUCCUCUCUCUCUGCCCGUCCAUGGGGAACAUUCCUUAUUCAGAGUUGUUCAACCACACCAACAGCUUUUUGAUGAAGAGGAGAUGCCAGCAAGUGAGAAUGAAGAGCCUGGCCCAUCUAAACGGAAACGCCAGCCAAGUAUGUCUGAAACAAUGCCACUAUACACUCUUUGUAAAGAAGAUUUAGAAAGUAUGGAUAAAGAGGUUGAUGACAUAUUGGGAGAAGGCAGUGACGACAGCGACAGUGAAAAAAAGAAGACAGGAGAUGGAAAGGCAGCACCACAGAGUAAAGCAAAAGAAACUGUAAAUGUAAAAAUAGAAGAGAGACCUGCUUCGACAUCUUCAAGUGAAAGAAGCUUGACAGGCAGUGUACCCAGGGGUCAUAAGCGAAAGCUGGAUGAAGAUGAUGGUGCCAGUGAAUCUAGCAAAGGGUCUAGCAAUGACGACGAGGAGGGCAGCAGCUCAGAAGCGGAUGAGAUGGCGGCAGCACUGGAAGCCGAACUGAAUGACUUUAUGUAACCUCCAUAUGGGAGGGGACUUGUAAUUAUGUGUUUCUUUUUGCAACCAUUCAGAAUUCCAAUGGUGGGCAUUCCCUGUUUUCCUCUCCGAAAUAUGGUGUAUAUUUUGCAAAGCAACAAAGGAGGUGAUAAUGCAUUAUUUUACAAAACCUGAAAUAAGAUGUUUUUAGGGUGUUUUACUAAAGGAAUAUAUACUUUUUUAAAGGAAAAGUAUUAAAGGGGGACUUGGUAUGAUGCCAAAGACAUGUUGUGAGAGCUCUGCAGAACCUUAUCAUAUGAGACGUUAGUACAAAGAUUUGCAUCUGAACAUUAAAAAAAUUAUUGCUAUGACGGCUUUGGGUACCAAGCUUCAGAAAGAAUACCUAAGGAAUAUAUUGCAUGGAUGAAGCAAAAGAUCUUGAUCGGGAUAUGUUUUCUUCACAGUGAAUUCUUAUCAAAUAGAAAGAUUUUUAAAAAUAAAAAUAAAGAACAAUUUAUAUUUGUAUAGGAACUGAGAAUGCUAUAUGCAGGCUUUGUGAACGCUGCACUCAACCUACCUGCCACUUGCUUCUAAGAGAAUAUAUGAUGGUUGAUUCCCAUGUUUUUAACUUACUUUGUGGACUAGUAUCCUUUAGAGAGAGACCAUUUCGAUUUUUAACUUUACUUCUCUGUAAUUGCAGUUCUAGCACAGGCUAUUCUGUGUAGUAUUGUACUGCCAUAAAACAUAUUCAUGCAUUUUGUGUUGUGUUUGGAAGGAAUUGCUGCUAGCGAAUUCCUGAUAGCAUUUUAUUUCUUUCAGAGGACAGAUGUAAAGUUUUUUGUACAUUCUAUUUCAUAUUUGAUCUACAAAACAGAUUCUUUUCAUUUAAUAAUAAAAAAAUACAUUUUGUAA